CCGCUAGCAGGCAGCAUGUCAAAAGGUGUUUAACACUCCGACGCGAUACACGAUCCACCAAAACCAGCGUAUAUCGGCACACAUCUCGCAGCUACCGGGAGCAAGUCGCUCCGAUACAACCGCACCGAUCGACCAUUCCGCGUCACCUCCAUCAAGCAACCGCUCCAAGAUGAACAAGCUACUCACCGGUGGACUACUGUUCCUGCUCGUGGCCGGCUCGCUCGUGUCCGGCUCGAUGUUUGGCCCGUUCGGACCGUUCGGACCGGCCGCUCAGCUGCCGGGCGCAGUCGGCGGCUAUCCGGGCGCGGUCGGAGGGUAUCCGGGCGCGGUCGGCGGUUUGCCCAUGUACCCGGGCCGUCCCGGCCUUGGACAGCUGCCCGUGUACCCGCCGCUCUACCCGGCCGCACCGAUGCUGCCCCCGACGCCGGCCAUGCCGUACGCUUACGGUCGCGCCAUGCCGGCGAUGAUGCCAGUUGCGCCCCCACCGGCAGCCAACCUGCGCACCGUUGCCUCGAACACCGACGUGCUGGGACGGUUGGCUGUGGCCGACCUGCCCGAGGAUUUGCAGCAGCGCGCCCAGGACAUGCAGGCCGCCAGCGAGCAGGGCUUCGACGCCUGCGAGCAGAUGCUGACGACGACCGGCUCCUACUGGCAGUACAAGCGCUGCAAUGCGCUCCAGCUGCGCACCGUCCUGACCGCGGCGAAGGCUCUCGAGCAGGAAGCUACGGCACGCUCGGCCGCGGCCGCCGCCGCUGCUGCCACCCCCGCCACUGCUGGUGAGCAGGUUGCCGUACCGGCGCAAGCCUAAACCUGGAACCCCACUUCCAAUCGCUCUGAAGGAUUAGAAAUCGGAUCGAAUCACCUCACGCCACAUGCGUGGGAAGACGAGACAGGCUCGAGACAACGAAACCAUUUAGCGAACCCGCCGUGUAGACCGUGGGGGAUUAAAUAUUAGCGCAUUGCCCAUUGGAACAGUUGCAGUGCAUAAUUUAUUCACCUCGGACCUGGGGACCGGGCGUACAGUCCGCCGUGCGUUUGUGUCUUGCUGUGUGCUUCUGGAUGUAAAUUAAAAAUGUAUUAAAAAAUACACGAUGCACCGCUGCUAAAGGGAAACUCUUUGAACCUGUAGCGUACCUGCAGCGGUAUCGUACUCACAACAACAACAAAACGAA